GAUAAUGUAUGUUAAUGGUCGAACGUAGUCGUCUACCUUCUUCUUGUAAUCCAUAUAUAGGAAAAGAAAAUGGCGUCGUCUAAGGGUCAGCGAUGGAUGGUAGAUUCAGGAAUUCUGCGUAAAAAAAAUGGUGAAGAGGAACCACAGGAGCUGUUGGUGUUCGGAUAUAGCUGCAAAUUAUUUCGAGACGAUGACAAGGCGAAAAUGAUUGAUCAGGGGAAGCAUUUGAUACCAUGGAUGGCCGAUAACACGUUGAAGAUAGACAGAUACGAUGGACGUGGAGCACUGGGGGAUUUAAGGAUUCAUGAGCCACCGGCAGGUGGUUUUGAUCAACGGACGAUACUCACAGAGGAUGAACUUAAAGUUGAACAGCUCUGUGAUGAAGAACGAUACCGAUCUCUAUAUAAUAACGAUGCAGAAGAUUCAAUGUAUCAUGAAGAAGAAAUGAAAAGAUUGCAUCAAGCAUUGGACUCUGAAAAUUCGUAUACUCAAGUAGCAUAUAAUUAUAAUGACGAUGAAAACAAUUCAAAGUUAGCAUGCGAAGACUCCUCUCAGAGUCCAAAACAAUCGGAAGGAUCUCAAGAAGAGGAUCAAGCUUUUGUACCACCGGCAGAUCUUGAAAUACCAGAAGGCAUGACAGUGCCUGAAACGCAAAAGUUAAAUGCGAUAAUUACUAAAACAGCACUAUUUAUUAGUCGUCAAGGGGGCCAAAUGGAGAUACUACUAAAGGCGAAACAAGCAAACAAUCCGCAAUUUUCGUUCUUAUCGAUAGGUGAACCGCUCCAUCCGUAUUACAAGUUUGUGCUGGAAGCGAUCAAGACUGGAAAAUAUAAUCCUGAAAAACAACCUGAAAAAGAAGAAUCUGAACCUGAGGAAGAAUCAGAUGAAGAUGAUCAACCAUACCUACACCCAAGCCUAGCGCCAUCCUUUGCCAAAGUAGAAGCGGCUCCUAGCAUACCAAGCAUACAGUACAAGCCCUCUGCGGACUGUGCUUAUUCAAUGCUUGUAAACAAAAUCACUGGGAAACCACCCCCACCUAAAAUACCACAGUUAUUAGAUGUUAACGUUCAACAAAUGCCGACUUCUGGAUAUUAUCAGCAGCCUACUAUUGUGCCACAGAGUUACACUCCGUACACAGCAACACCCUUGCAAUAUUCACACGGUCCAGUUAUAUAUGGACCAAAUGGUCAAAUUCAAUCUCCACCUCAGUUACCAGUACCAGCUGUACCUGUUAUCAUCUCCACCGAAGAAUCUACAACGCCACCACAAACAACAAAAGAAAUACCUUCUUUGGUACCCUAUGGACCAACUCCACCGAAAACAUUAAGCAGACCAUCGUUCAUCGUUCCACCAGCAGACGUUCAAAUAAUUAUUGACAAGAUGGCCAGUUAUGUGGCCAAAAAUGGAAGAGACUUUGAAGCUAUAGUGAAAAAUAAAGGUGAUCCAAGAUUUAAUUUUCUUGAAUUGUCGCAUCAGUAUCAUGGUUAUUACGCACAUAAAUUGACCAUGUACGAAGGGGCCAUUAAUCCUAAAGUGUUGACCGAAGAAGAAUUACUUCAGAAGCAGGAACCGCAAGAGGAGAAACAAAAAAAGUUGGAGGAAUUGCAAAAGAAACAGCAAAGAAUGGAAGAAGUACAAAAACGAGUGAAAAUGAUACAAGCUAAAAAAAAGAGUGAUACCAAAACAAAACAAAACAGUCCAGGAAGCAAACAGAUUACAACGGUAUCAUUUUCUAUAAAAAAACCAAAAGAAGGUGACAAUGUAAUCAUUGAAAAAAGAAAUGCAUUGCCGUUGGAAGAAAGCGAUGACGAUGAAAUAGAAGCUGAAAAGAAAGAAACUAAUUCGAAACCUAAUUCGCCACUAAAUAGCAAAGAACUAACUAAUGUAAUAACUAAUAUCGUCGAUAAAGAACUACCUAAGGUAGAAAUAAAGAAAUGUAUAAGCGAAGAAAAGGAAUUGGUUGAUUUAACUGAUGACAUUCUUGAAGAUUGUCAAUUAGAGAUAAAACACAAGCAAGUAGAAGAUAGGAUAAAGGACAAAUUAGUGGUAGCAGCUUGUGAUAAAUUAAUAGGUGUUACUUCGAGAGAAAAGCAAUUGCAACUGGAACGAAAGAAGAAAGCAGCUAUGUUUUUAAGUCAAAUUCAAACUUCUUCAUCGACUAGCUCGAAAAUUGGUGGUGGUGGUGGUGGUGGUAGUGGUGGUACCUCUUCUGUAACACCUAGUAUAAGAAAAGAUGAUUCCGAUGAGGUUUACUCGGUUCCAUCUCCGUCCUUGGAAGAGGAUAAAUCAGAAGAUGUGAAAAUUUGUGCUAACUCGUUGAUGGAUCGAUUAAAAAGUGCAGAUUUAAGCGGGAAAAGAUCUCGUCAACGAUCUAGAAGUCGCAGUGGAAGUCGUAACCGUCUUGAGAGACAUAAGAUUCACAAAAAACAUAAGAAAAAGAAAAGUUCUCACAGAAGCAGUUACGACAGUCCAAGUAGCUCUCGAAAUCAUAGAUCUAAAAAGAGCAGCAAAAAGUCAUCCUCGAGAAACAGAUCUCGAUCGCGAACUCCGUCGUCACACAGGCAUCAACAAAAUGUACGAAGAAAAGGAAGCAACUCGAGUUAUUCCGAUUCUAGUUCAUCUUGAGAUACUUAAUUACGUUGCUUUUCUUUUUAAGAAAUAACAAUUGAUAAUCGUGUAAAAACACUAUCUUUGUAAAUAUAUAUAUAUAUAUAUAUACAUACGAGUACAUAUGUGAAUUGCAUCACAGCGGUAAAUGAUGUUAUUGUCAUACUGUUUAUUUUCUAGUGGAGCAUGUACACACACACACACACACGAAGAAAUAUAAUUUACUUAUGAUAAAGUGAUUAGUCAUUACAGUGCAUAGGUCAAUACUUUAUACUCUAAUUUAUUUUUAUAUUUGGUUUUUAUGAACUCUCUUUCCAAAACAUUUCCAUUCCGUCAGAGGCUUCGUUCGUUAUAAUCACAUGUUUUUACAAUAAAAUAACAACAAGUAUUACGAUA